AAAAGCACAUAUUAAAAAAGUAAAAAAUCCGAAGCUGAUAGUAUCGAACAAUCCUAUGAUUGCAUUCAAGGCGCUUUCCUGGCGCUUUCCAAUUCGGUCAUUCCAUUCAAUAACAUGACGUCGGCGUUUUCUACUUUACAUUUUUUCGGUGGUGUUCCUGGUUGCGGUAACCAGAAAUACUCUUUUGCUACAGACCGUAAUGCUAAAGAGUAGCUCCUGCAAGGAAGUCAUUUUGAGAUGCUCGGUCAUCCAAGCUCGAAAUGUUCUUGCUAAAGAUAGCAAUGGACUUUCUGACCCAUAUGCGGUCGUAACCAACGGAACAGAGUCCCACACUUCUCAAGUUCACCCCAAAACGUUGAACCCGGAGUGGAAUUUCUCUUGUGACCUUACUCUUACUUCGAAUUCUUCUCGAGUUUCAGUUGUGCUUUGGGACAAGGAUCAAUUUAAAAGCGACUUUCUCGGGCAAAUCUCAAUUUCUUUGGCCGAUCUCUUCAAGCCAGGUCAAAAAGUCGGGUUUAAUGAAGAAGGCAAUGAGCCCAUAUGGUAUGAUUUGCUUGAUCGAGAGACCUAUCGAACCAGGAUUCUGAGGCGCACGAAGAAUACUCCACAAAAAUCCGAACCAACAUCAAAUGGGCAAGUGCUUGUUAAAUUUGGUAUCAUCGAAGAAUACGGCUCUGCUGCGCCUGAUGAUUGGACUCAUCUUUGGGAAGAGUUUUUAAGCGCCGCAUUGAACGAUCGCAAAAUCAACGCAGCAGACACACUGAGUGUGGCUGACAAGGACAGCAGUGAAAAACAAACAGCUGCAGCCAAGAAAUCGCUGUUGCAGAAAUACAAGAACACUUCCGAUGAUUCAAUUGACACCAGUGCCAUCAAGUUUCACGGCGCAGAUUUAAUGGGAGUGAUGUAUAUCGAAGUUACCAGUGCUAGUGACUUACCGCCAGAAAGAAAUGUUCUACACACUGGGUUUGAUAUGGAUCCUUUUGUAUUGGUUACCUUCGGACGUUCAACUUUCCGAACUAAGGCCAUUCGCCAUUCUUUGAACCCGACUUGGAACGAGAAACUGUUUUUCCAUAUUAAUGAAAAUGACAUCAAUUAUAAGCUUAAGUUCUCGAUCUAUGAUAAAGACAAGGUGUCUGGUAACGACUAUGUGGCUGGCCAAGAGAUUUCUAUCAUUGACAUUAUCAACAAGUCAAUCGAAUCUGGAAAGCUAUCUCUUCAGUCUACCAAGCCUGGGUCGGAACCCAGGCAACAAGACGGCGGAGAUGAGCACAUUCAUCUGACCUUGGGACGAGCUAGCACCGAGACUUCUGCUAAAAAUAUCGAAUCGGAUAUGGACCUGCAUACCAUUGACCUAAAACUGAACAACGAAGAGAAAUGGGAAGGACGUCACCAGCCAACCUUGACUUUCCGAGCAAAAUAUGUUCCUUACGAACAAGUUCGACGUCUCUUUUGGUUAACAUUGACCAAGACCUACGAUAGUGAUAACAAUGGUCGUAUGAGUCGUAUGGAAGUCCAAACCAUGCUGGAAAGCUUGGGUAGUACCAUUUCGGAUUCCACUUUGGAGUCAUUCUGGGCUUACUUCCACAAAACCGAGGAUCAAGAGCUGGAAUUUGACGAGUUGAUCGACAGACUUGAAGAUCAUAUUGUGCAUAACGAUCUUCGCCGUCUAGACUCAAAGAGUUCUCGUCAGGCGCCUUCAGAGACUAAUCAGGAACCUGGUGUCGCUAAGAACGUGUCGAACUUUUUGGAUCCAGCCCGUUACUAUCAAUACGAUGAAGAGAUUGGAUCUGACAGCGUGACCGAUGAGUCUGACAGUGAUGGACUCUUAUAUACUGGCGAUGGUCUCACGAUGUCAAAGCAUGAUCACGAUGAGCCUUUGAAUGAAGCUCACGGUAUUCAGUAUAGUUUACACGAUUCAAAUGAACCACUCAACGUCAAGGACGGACAAGAUGUGAAACCUCAGGACGGGAUCGAUGUUCAAGACGGAAGAAUCGAAAAAGUUAUCCACGUUCGAGAGUGUCCUAUCUGCCAUCGUCCAAACAUGAAUAAGCGAUCGCAAAUGGAUAUCAUUACCCACAUUGCAACUUGCGCUGCGGAUGACUGGACUACUGUCGACAAAUUUGUCAUGGGCAAUUUUAUUACUGAAGCAUAUGCACAAAGAAAGUGGUUUGUCAAAAUGAUUAGCAAAGUAGGAUAUGGACGCUAUUCCGUUGGAUCGGAUAACGCCAAUAUCCUGGUUCAAGACAGAUUGACCGGACAGAUUAUCGAAGAGAAGAUGGCCGUGUACGUACGUCUAGGAAUGCGAUUGCUGUAUCGUGGAAGCAAAAAUGCAGUGCAUAGCAAGCGUGCACAAAAAAUUCUGCAGAACAUGAGUAUAAAGCAAGGCAAGCGCUUUGAUGCUCCUGAAUCAGCUGCAGACAUUCCUGCUUUCAUCCAGUUCCACAAACUUGACAUGGGAGAAGUGCUUGAUCCUGUGGAUUCCUUCAAAACGUUUAACGAGUUCUUUUACCGCAAGCUUAAAGUUGACGCCAGACCGUGCGACAAGCCGGAAGACCCAAAGAUUGCAGUCAGUGCAGCUGACUGCCGCAUGAUGACCUUUGCAACCAUCGAUGACGCCACCAAGCUUUGGAUAAAGGGCCAAGAGUUCUCAGUUGGUAAAUUAUUGGGAGACGAGGAACUUGGUAAAACAUACACCGGAGGUGCUUUGGCCAUUUUCCGUUUGGCACCUCAGGAUUACCAUAGAUUUCAUUCUCCUGUUGAUGGUGUUGUCAGCGAACCUAGGCACAUUAGUGGGCAGUAUUAUACUGUCAAUCCCAUGGCAAUCCGUACCACAUUGGAUGUUUAUGGUGAGAAUGUCCGAUCGAUUUUGACCAUCGAUUCGCCUGAAUUUGGCAAAGUAGCUGUAGCAUGCAUUGGAGCCAUGAUGGUGGGAUCCAUCGGUAUCACAGCCAAGCCUGGGUCAACUAUAAAGAGAACGGACGAAUUAGGCUAUUUCGCAUUUGGUGGUAGUACUCUCGUCGUGGUCUGGCCUCCUGGUAAAAUUGAAUUUGACAAGGAUCUCCUUCAGAACGCACAAGAGCGCCUUGAGACCCUUACAAGAGUGGGUCAGCAUAUUGGCAAGGCACCGUAGGUCCACCCCGCAAUGCGUAUAUAUAAUAUAUAUUUUUUAUUGGUACCACCAUGGUGAUAUCAGUUACCCGUCCUAAUCAAAUAAAAAGUCAUGACCCAGGGACAAUAAAAAAUCUUGACACACUACUUGUGAUAAAAGCUCA